AUGCUUCCGGACGCAAGCAUGCUUUCGGGCGCAAGCAUGCUUUCGGACGCAAGCAUGCUUUCGGACGCAAGCAUGCGUCCGGACGCAAGCAUGCUUCCGGACGCAAGCAUGCUUUCGGGCGCAAGCAUGCUUCUGGAUGCAAGCAUGCUUCCAGACGCAAGCAUGCGUCCGGGCGCAAGCAUGCGUUCGGGCGCAAGCAUGCGUCCGGACGCAAGCAUGCUUCCGGACGCAAGCAUGCGUCCGGGCGCAAGAAUGCUUCCGGACGCAAGCAUGCUUUCGGGCGCAAGCAUGCGUCCGGACGCAAGCAUGCUUUCGGGCGCAAGCAUGCUUUCGGGCGCAAGCAUGCGUCCGGGCGCAAGCAUGCUUCCGGGCGCAAGCAUGCUUCUGGACGCAAGCAUGCUUCUGGACGCAAGCAUGCUUUCGGACGCAAGCAUGCGUCCGGGCGCAAGCAUGCUUCCGGGCGCAAGCAUGCUUUCGGGCGCAAGCAUGCGUCCGGGCGCAAGCAUGCUUCCGGGCGCAAGCAUGCUUCUGGACGCAAGCAUGCUUCUGGACGCAAGCAUGCUUUUGGACGCAAGCAUGCUUACGGACGCAAGCAUGCUUUCGGACGCAAGCAUGCUUCCGGACGCAAGCAUGCUUUCGGGCGCAAGCAUGCGUCCGGGCGCAAGCAUGCUUCCGGGCGCAAGCAUGCUUCUGGACGCAAGCAUGCUUCUGGACGCAAGCAUGCUUUCCAUGCUUUCGGACGCAAGCAUGCUUCCGGAUGCAAGCAUGCUUCCGGACGCAAGCAUGCUUCCGGACGCAAGCAUGCUUUCGGGCGCAAGCAUGCGUCCGGGCGCAAGCAUGCUUCCGGGCGCAAGCAUGCUUUCGGACGCAAGCAUGCUUCCGGACGCAAGCAUGCUUCCGGACGCAAGCAUGCUUUCGGGCGCAAGCAUGCUUCCGGACGCAAGCAUGCUUCCAGACGCAAGCAUGCGUCCGGGCGCAAGCAUGCGUUCGGGCGCAAGCAUGCGUCCGGACGCAAGCAUGCUUCCGGACGCAAGCAUGCGUCCGGGCGCAAGAAUGCUUCCGGACGCAAGCAUACUUUCGGGCGCAAGCAUGCGUCCGGGCGCAAGCAUGCUUCCAGGCGCGAGCAUGCUUUCGGGCGCAAGCAUGCGUCCGGGCGCAAGCAUGCUUCCGGGCGCAAGCAUGCUUCUGGAUGCAAGCAUGCUUCUGGACGCAAGCAUGCUUUCGGACGCAAGCAUGCUUACGGACGCAAGCAUGCGUCCGGGCGCAAGCAUGCUUCCGGGCGCAAGCAUGCUUUCGGGCGCAAGCAUGCGUCCGGGCGCAAGCAUGCUUCCGGGCGCAAGCAUGCUUCUGGACGCAAGCAUGCUUCUGGACGCAAGCAUGCUUUUGGACGCAAGCAUGCUUACGGACGCAAGCAUGCUUUCGGACGCAAGCAUGCGUCCGGGCGCAAGCAUGCUUCCGGGCGCAAGCAUGCUUCUGGACGCAAGCAUGCUUCUGGACGCAAGCAUGCUUUCGGACGCAAGCAUGCUUACGGACGCAAGCAUGCUUUCGGACGCAAGCAUGCUUCCGGACGCAAGCAUGCUUCCGGGCGCAAGCAUGCUUCUGGACACAAGCAUGCUUCUGGACGCAAGCAUGCUUUCGGACGCAAGCAUGCUUACGGACGCAAGCAUGCGUCCGGGCGCAAGCAUGCUUCCGGGCGCAAGCAUGCUUUCGGGCGCAAGCACGCGUCCGGGCGCAAGCAUGCUUCCGGGCGCAAGCAUGCUUCUGGACGCAAGCAUGCUUCUGGACGCAAGCAUGCUUUUGGACGCAAGCAUGCUUACGGACGCAAGCAUGCUUUCGGACGCAAGCAUGCUUCCGGACGCAAGCAUGCUUUCGGGCGCAAGCAUGCGUCCGGGCGCAAGCAUGCUUCCGGGCGCAAGCAUGCUUCUGGACGCAAGCAUGCUUCUGGACGCAAGCAUGCUUCCGGACGCAAGCAUGCUUUCGGGCGCAAGCAUGCUUCCGGGCGCAAGCAUGCUUCCGGGCGCAAGCAUGCUUUCGGACGCAAGCAUGAUUUCGGAUGCAAGCAUGUUUCCGGACGCAAGCAUGCUUUCGGACCCAAGCAUGCUUUCGGGCGCAAGCAUGCUUUCGGAUGCAAGCAUGCUUCCGGACGCAAGCAUGCUUUCGGGCGCAAGCAUGCUUUCGGGCGCAAGCAUGCUUACGGGCGCAAGCAUGCGUCCGGGCGCAAGCAUGCUUCCGGGCGCAAGCAUGCGUCCGGACGCAAGCAUGCUUCCGGCAGUGAGCAUGCUUUCAGAUGCAAGCAUGCUUCCGGGCGCAAGCAUGCGUCCGGGCGCAAGCAUGCUUAGGGGCGCAAGCAUGCUUCCGGAAGUGAGCAUGCUUUCGGACGCAAGCAUGCUUCCGGGCGCAAGCAUGGGUCCGGACGCAAGCAUGCUUCCGGACGCAAGCAUGCGUCCGGGCGCAAGCAUGCUUCCGGACGCAAGCAUGCUUCUGGACGCAAGCAUGCUUUCGGACGCAAGCAUGCUUACGGACGCAAGCAUGCUUUCGGACGCAAGCAUGCGUCUGGACGCAAGCAUGCUUCCGGACGCAAGCAUGCGUCUGGACGAAAGCAUGCUUCCGGACGCAAGCAUGCUUUCGGACGCAAGCAUGCGUCUGGACGAAAGCAUGCUUCCGGGCGCAAGCAUGCUUUCGGGCGCAAGCAUGCGUCCGGGCGCAAGCAUGCUUCCGGGCGCAAGCAUGCUUCUGGACGCAAGCAUGCUUCUGGACGCAAGCAUGCUUUUGGACGCAAGCAUGCUUACGGACGCAAGCAUGCUUUCGGACGCAAGCAUGCUUCCGGACGCAAGCAUGCUUUCGGGCGCAAGCAUGCGUCCGGGCGCAAGCAUGCUUCCGGGCGCAAGCAUGCUUCUGGACGCAAGCAUGCUUCUGGACGCAAGCAUGCGUCCGGAGGAAAGCAUGCUUCCGGACGCAAGCAUGCUUCCGGACGCAAGCAUGCGUCCGGACGCAAGCAUGCUUUCGGGCGCAAGCAUGCUUUCGGACGCAAGCAUGCUUCCGGGCGCAAGCAUGCUUUAG